AUGGACAAAUCUGAGCAAAAAGGGAGUGAUUCUCCCGAAGUUGAGCUGACCAACGAGAGAUUUGACGAUUUAGAUAUCAAUGAAAAGACUAAAAAGGUUUUAAAGGCAAAGGGGUACACUUUUCUCACAAAAGUCCAGAGUAAAGUGCUACCUCUCGCUCUAGAAGGAAAAAAUUUGGUCAUUCAGUCUCCUACUGGCUCCGGAAAGACCCUGUGCUUCCUUCUGCCUGCCGUAAAGUUACUGUUUGAAGAGGGAUAUAGCGGUAAUUUACCGGUAGAUGCUAAUCUUUUGGGCUGUAUUUGUCUGGCGCCAACUCGCGAAUUGGCCAGUCAGAGCGCCAUCCAAAUGAAGGAUCUAGCUACGCCUCUGAAACUUAAUGCCGGUUGUUGUAUAGGCGGGAUUAGGGAUAAAUAUGACAAGAAGAACGCUUCGAGACUUCACAUUUUGACUGGAACUCCUGGACGUAUUCUUGCCCUUUUGAGCUCUCAGGCACUUCCAGACACCGCAAACGUCAAGCUUUUAAUUUUGGACGAAGCGGAUAGGCUGAUAGACAGUGGUUUCCGUAAUACUAUUAUAGACAUUGUUGACAUGUUGCCAACUGGAAUCCAGUUCAUGUUCUUUUCCGCAACUAUAAAGUCUUCUCUGAAGGAUCUGUGUAAUAUCCUGUUGGAUGGAAUAAACUAUGAUUUAGUAUGCUUGGGAGCAGAUGCAGAUUUAGUAGCAGAGGCAAAACUACGCCAAGAAUACCUCACAAUAUCUCAAAGUCUAAAGAUGACAGCGCUCUUUUAUAUUCUCAGCAAGAACCAAAACAAACGUAUAAUUGUAUUUUUGUCCACGUGUAAGCACGUAAGAUUUGUUUAUGAAGUAUUCAAGAGGCUAAUUCCGGCCAUACCAAUGACUGAACUGCACGGGAAACAGAGUCAGAAUAAGCGUAUGGAACAGUUUACUAGAUUUGCUGCCAAACAACAAUUUGGAUGUAUAUUUACUACUGAUGUUGCCGCCAGAGGAAUUGAUUUCCCAUCGGUAGACUGGGUAAUACAGCUGGAUUUACCGGAUUCAGUUAGUACAUAUACACACCGUGUGGGAAGAACAGGGAGGUUGACGAUUGAAGGAGUCAGGAACUUUGGCCGCGCAAUUAUAUUCGUUUCUGAGCACGAAACUGAUUUUGUAGAAAAGGUAAAAGAAAACGGAAUAACGCUACACAACCAGACCAAGCUCAUGGCUCCCUUGAUAUCCAGGAAGGAAACGUAUGUUUUGCGCAAAAUGCAAGCCAUUCUUGCAAAAGAAUCCUGGAUAAAGGAAAUGGCACAAAGAGCCACUAUCGCAUACCUCCGCUAUCUAAAUACAAGACAAGUUGCAAAGCUUACAGGAGACAUUAUAGUGGAGGAACUAAAACAGCUUGCUCUUUCCAUGGGACUACCUAAUCCACCGAAUGUACAAGUUGUGGAGCCAUCUGGACCAAAAAAGUCCAAACUCAACAAACUCAAGGAGAAGAUCAAGAAGCGUGCUCAGGCUGAAGCUCUAUUGGAUUCCGGAGAAGAAGAGGAAGAAGAGAAGUCUGGGCAUAGUAAUGGUGAGAGUGAGGAAGACGAAGAAAACGAGGAGGAAGAAGAUGUGCUGAAAGCCUGUGGAAAUGCAGAUGAGGAUAUUGAAAAGUUCCAAAGUACCUUAAAGAAGGGGGAUAGGGAUCUAAAGGGAGCGCUUACGACGUCCAGAAAGUUCUUGCGUCUAAACAAGCGUGGAGAUGCAAAAAUUAGGGGUGUAAUUACUCACAAAGAAGCUGAAAAACAUCAUACAUUCUUUUCUGAUGACGAAGAUGAGGUUGUGGAUCAGGAAAUGGAGAAUAUCGACACUGAAAAGAGGGAUUAUAUUGAAAAAUUAAGGAAUAAAUUGGCGGAGGCAGUAGAAGAAGACAAGGAGCAUGAGCACGAAAGAUUAGCCGCAAAACGUCAAAAGCACAAGUAA